CCGAUAAGCAAUUUUCUUUUCUCCGACCGAGAACCGACCACAACUCAGAAACCAACAUACAUACAUACCCAUCGCUGCGGGCAGCCACCGAUUCUCCUUUCCUAUCCUAUCAUCUUACACGAAGGGGGAAAAAGAAAUAUAAUACAAAUUGCAAUCAUGGUCCAAGGAUCCCUCAAGAAGAAGCCCGCCGGCAACAGUGGGAAUCUUGUGAAGCGUCCCUCAGCCCUGGGUCCCAAGCGCGGACCGAGACAGAUUGCUCCGAAGAAGACGACGUUGAUUAAGCAGCAGAAGUUGACUAAGAAACUCACGGCGGGAUUGACGGCUCGGACGGAGAAGAAUCUUGCAGAGAAGGCGGGACAUUUGGAGUUGUUGGCGGGAGGAAAGAAGGAUAAGCAGAAGGACAAGGGCAAGGCGAAGAAAUAGGAGCAUUACUUCGGAUUGUGCUGAGUAGAGGGAGGUGUGGGGGUUGAUACUAUUGCUGUUGCUAUUACUUCAUUCUGUUCAGUAUAUGAUUAAUGAACAUACGAUACCCUUCUACCGUUCAUUGCAAAGUUAUCUUCGUCUAGAAAUUGAAAUUGAACCG